AUGAAGCUCCUCAACCUCCUCACAUCAACCCUCCUCCUCCCAUCCCUCACCCUCGCCGCCCCGACCCACGCCUCCCUCUCCUCCUCCGACCGCAACGCCCCCGCCGCCGUCGACCACCUCUCCGACUACUUCAACCUCCUCGCCCUCAAGGUCCAGCGGUACAAGACCCUCGGCUCGGCGCCCACCUGCGACAUUUCCCGCGCCGUCCUCCCCAUCACCCCCGACUCCCUCCCCGCGCCCUCAGCAGGCCUCAAACCAAAACACAUCGCCCUAGGCCGCGGCACCCAAAACUACACCUGCUCCUCCCCCACCGACGCCCCAACCGCCGCCGGCGCCGUCGCCACCCUCUACGACGCCUCCUGCCUCUCCACCAUCCACCCGGACCUCUUCACCACCCUCACCCGCCUCGCCAUCUCCUUCGCCCCCAUCCCCAAACCCCUCUCCUCUUCAACCGAACAACCCCGUCUCGGCCCCCAAGCCAUGCGCGUCUCCGGCGUGCACUACUUCAAUUCCCUAGGCCAGCCGUUCUUCGACAUCGAUGCCGCGGAUAAGGGACAUGUUACGGUCAAGCUAAAUAAUUCUAUCCCCGCGCCGUUUGAUUCUGCGACGGGCGUCCAGGGCGAGAAGGCCGUGGGGUGGUUGAAGUUGGUUGCUAGGGACGAGGACGGGAGUGCCACCAAGGGGCUGAGGGAGGUUUAUAGGUUGGAUACCGUCGGCGGGAGUGCGCCGGCGACUUGUGAGGGGAUGCCCGAGACGUUUGAGGUUCAGUAUGUUGCGCAAUAUUGGUUCAUGGGCUCCGAUGACGAGGAGUAA